CUUGUCUUAUUGCAUCUUACAUCUCAUAUCUAGCAGUGCAUCAACCAAUGAACUAGAAACUUCUGGAGAAAUAUUGGUUAGCCCUUACUUGCCUGAAACAGAUGAUUUAAUACGAAACACUGAAGCUACCGAAAAGACAUGUACUAACGAACAUCCAAUUUUGACUUCUAAUUUUCUACCAGAGACCGCCUCUCAGCUUCUUAGAUAUUAUAGUAAAAUUUUACAAUUUGUUAUUCAUUACUAUGAUUGUUUUGCUUAUGACAUUUACACAUCAUGGCAGAUGUUUGGAAUCGUUCUUACAAGGAAUGGCCUAGUCUCAUUAUUUGCAAAGCAGCAUCCCGCUCAAAGUCGGCUUUCAGAAUUGGCUAGUCAACUGAAGGUCGCGUACCUGUUAGGCGUGAUGCAUUCUCGUUUUUCAGAUAUAGGUAAAUUAGCUGUUUCUGAGGGGAUAAUCGUGUCUGAUUACGCUUUAGUAGGGAGAAAUCUCGUUGCAAGAUGUGUACUUUUUCAACAGACGUCACGACUUAUAAAAAAGGUUCGUAAAGCUAAAAUAACUGAAAAGUCUACAAAACAAAAGGUUUUAAAACAAAAAAUUGAACUUGCAAAGGAUUCUGUAAUUCUUAAUGGAUUUCAUCAAAUAAAUCAAUACUAUGAUGAUUAUCAUGAGGCAAGCUCAGAUUUGCUUAAACGAAAUCUAGAUAAUGAUGACUCACAUGACGAAAAAGUAAGCGUAUUAACUGUAUUAACUGCACCUAUUCCUUUAGCCCACGUCUCCAAUUCUCCAGAUGUUUCCAAAUCAAAGAAGGGGGGUAUGUCAUGGUGA